AUGACAUCUAUACAUUGUAAUUUAGUUUUGCAAGACGGUGGUAGGAUCAUUAGUAAAGACGGCAGUGCGCAAGCACAGGGGAUCGGCAACAGCGAAAUCAUCCCAUUCACAACAGACGCAUUCAUAACGUCAACUUUUCCUGACAACCCACCAGUUGGAAGUCCAAAGAGAAAGACAAUUCAGUGUAUCGCUUACAAAUACAGAAAAGGACCAUCGUCAUACACUAUUAGGGUCUCAAUCCCAUCUAUUUCUUUUCCAAUGGGAGACUAUGAUGGACACUGUUUGGGUUUUAUCCAGCCAUCGGCAUCAUUGGGGAUCAAAGUGCGUAUUACAUACUUUGGGUUCUUUCAAUUUACAACUGAUACUGGCACAGUAAAAACAACUAAAAACAGUUCAAUUAUGAACUAUGGGGGAUGA